UGUCUCUGUCGGACAGGUCGUGAAUCGUAACUCGAACCUGUAUCCUCUGUGACCAACUGUUGAAUAUAUCCUGCCCAUGGCGUGGAGGGCAUGGAUCUGAUCAUGCUGAAGUUCUACUCAUCAUUUUGGAAUGCUUCUUGAGGAUAAUUGCUCCGAUCAGACCCACUAUGGCUGCAGAGGAAUCUAGGGAACGUCCACUGACGAGCGUUCCGCUUUCGGAUGAAACGAAGCCCGUGCCCAAACGUCUCAUUGUCGAUGAAGCUGUGUCCGGAGACGACUCGUGCGUGUACCUUGCACCGACAAAGAUCCGUGAAUUGGAUCUACCGCAUGGUGGCAUCGUCCUUCUCCAGGGCCCAAAACGUCGCAAGACGGUUGCUCGUCUUCUCACGGAUGAAAGCUGUCUGGACGAGAAAAUUCGUGUGAGCGAGAGCGUCCGGAACAAUCUCCGUACACGUAUAGGAGGAGAGAUCACAAUCCAGAUCUGUGGUGACAUCAUAAACGGCAAGAGUAUCCGUGUGCUACCGAUCGAGGAUACCGUCGAAGGUUUCAACGGUAGUCUUCUAUACGAAUUCCUCUAUCCGUAUUUCCACUAUCCCUACGACCACGCCAAGCCAAUCCAUGCACAGGAUACAUUCACUGUCCGGGGUCGAAAGCGCUCCGUCGCAUUCAGAGUGAUCAGAACCGAUCCCACUGAUUAUUGUAUUGUGGACGCCGACACCACCAUACUAUGCGCGGGUGCCCCGAUCAAGCGGGGUGAGGAGAUCGUCGGUUACAGCGAUAUCGGUGGUUGUAGAAAGCAACUGGCGCUCAUCAAGGAGAUGGUCGAGUUGCCGCUCCGCCGUCCCACGCUAUUGAAAAGUUUUGGAGUGAAGUCCUGGUGGAACAUUUUGCUGCAAGGACCCCCAGGCGUCGGCAAGACACGCAUCGCACGAGCGAUCGUACAUCAAACCGCAGUAUAUUCCAUUUCGAUCAACGGACGAGAAAUGGUGUCCGAGCUCGGCGAUUGGUCCGGAGCGAGACUGAGCGAAACCUUCCGGAGAGCUUCGAAGAAUGCACCCGCCAUCAUCUUCAUCGAUGAGAUCGAUACCCUCGCGCCGAAACGGGACACCCUCGGUGAGGUUGAGAGGAGAAUCGUGCCGCAACUCUUGACCCUGAUCGACGACCUCAAGUAUGCAGGCCAGGUGAUGGUCAUAGCCGCGACGAGUCGCCCCGAGUCGAUCGAUCCCGCUGUCCGUAAUUUGUUUUCUUUCGGUUGGCAGAGCGAUCUCCGUCCGCCCAGAGCGAAGGGUCGGCUCGAGAUUCUACGUAUUCACACGAAACGCAUGAAUCUCGCGAAUGAUGUAGACCUCGAAAAAAUAGCUGCGGAAACCCACGGUUUCGUAGGCUCCGAUAUUUCCGCGUUGUGUUCGGAGGCUGCCUUGCAGCCCAUCCGCGAGAGAAUGCUGGUCAACUAUCUCGAGAACGAGCUGAUCGACACGGAGGUAUCCAUGGAAAAUUUCAGCAGGGCCAUAGACAAAGUGAAAAAAAUGAUGAAACGCUGAAGUCGAUCGGUGGAAUCAAGCCUCAGAGAGAGCGUGAUUGCAUUCUUGCUCUUUCAAAUCGACCGCGUUUCGCGAAAUUCUCGCGCGGUCCAACCUUAUCUCCUCGUUCAUUGACGAUCUCUUAGAAGCGAUCUCGUGGUUGGCGGUAGCCAACAAAGUUAUACACUCAUAGUUGUGAAUACAUAUACACGUGACUGGAAACUGACCUGAUUUCAUGAAGUCUCCAAACGCAUGUGAUAGUACCUAGCCCUGGAGAGUCCUGAGAGCGUGGUGGUAUUGGUUUUGUCUCGACGCAUGCAUUGAGCGAUUGUGACGCGGCUCCGGGUAGAAGCCAGGGGUGAUAAACAUAGGUUAGCUAGGCCGCGGGGCGUUGGAAUAAAAUACAUUA